UGCAAACUCGCUAUCACUAAAAUACUCAUUAGCCGAUAAGCACCAGAACGCACAGUUACCGGUAACGCGCCAUAUUUAGCUCUCUCUAGCACAUCCUCUUCUCACCGGCGAACCCAAACAAAUAUCUGGAGAAAGAUACGGGGCGGACGACAAACCACAGUGGCGCUAAAGAAUGCCAGUGUCCAACGAACCGUAACGUAUCAUCACACACGCCUGCUAUUCUAUCACCGACGGUAGAACGGCAUCGGCUCUGACAAUGAACGGUUUUCCAAACAAAAGUGGAACAUAAACCGCGAAAAGUGAAUUUUGAUGAGUAUGAGAAAAAAAAAUCUUUCACAGUCUAAUCAGUGUCACCUAUAGUGUUUGUUGCCAAACGGACAGAAAUAGGCUUACAACCGGAAAAAAAUAGUACAGCUCUGUGUUCUGCCAACGCAGCGGCCAAACGAGAUUCAAUUUAAGCUAGAACGAAUUGCCACUUUUAGUUAUUGUUUAGGUUUGCGCGCUGUAAAUUAGUCGUGAAACAAGGCGUAGAUUAAGUAUAGGACAAUUGCGUUACAAUGAAUUAUUGCUUCAAAUGAGGUUCACUAAGUGAUAUUACAUCAGUUCGAGAUUAGUGUAGUGAAUAAACGAAGGAGUGUUGUGGGUGGAUCUAUGUAAAUAGUAUAAUUAUUGGAUUAAUUUGAGUAAAAGCAUCACUACUAGAAGAACUAAUAAUUAGUCAUGAAGCUAACUGAAUUAGGUAUCCGCAAUCAUGCUCACCCACGGAUGUUGGUUACCCUUAUCUUCGGAACCGUACUGGGCUUCAUGUUUGCCACCUUCAUCACAUCUAGCACUAGUCGCUCGCCUUGGCUUCCGGAGUACUAUCAUUCGAGAGAUUCCCCAGCGGUAGUCGCGGAUCCACACACAGGACAUGAGCUAAGAGAUGCCGCGGGACCUGAGAAGGAUGUUGGAUUUCACGGGGAGCAUGACGAAGCUCACGCGCAUGAAAACUCGUCUCUUGCGCAACAGUUGCAGCGAGAGGUUCGAGUGCUUUGCUGGAUAAUGACUAAUCCGGACAACCAUAAAAAGAAAGCCCUGCAUGUCAAGCGAACCUGGGGAUCGAGGUGCAAUAAGAUAUUAUUUAUGAGCUCGAAAGAAGAUCCUCUGCUAAACUCCAUAGCAUUACCUGUUAAAGAAGGUCGAAAUAAUCUGUGGGCUAAAACAAAGGAAGCAUUUAAGUACAUAUACCAACAUCAUUUGGACGAUGCAGAUUGGUUCAUCAAAGCCGACGACGACACGUAUGUCGUCGUGGAAAAUCUACGGUUUAUGUUGUAUCCGUUCUCACCAAGCUAUCCGAUCUAUUUCGGUUGUAAGUUCAAACCAUUCGUAAAGCAGGGUUACAUGUCUGGUGGCGCCGGAUAUGUGCUCAGCAAAUCUGCUGUGAAACUUUUUGUCGAAGAAGCCAUUCCUCAUAAAAACUGUCGGCAGGAUAAUGAUGGUGCUGAGGAUGUGGAGAUGGGUAAAUGUAUGGAAGUGGUAAAAGUACUAGCUGGCGACUCACGGGACUCUCUAGGUAGGGGCAGAUUUUUUCCUUUUGUACCAGAGCAUCAUCUCAUUCCUAACCAUGUGGAUAAAGAUUUCUGGUAUUGGAAAUAUAUUUACUAUAAAACUGACGAGGGUCUCGACUGUUGUUCAGACAACGCAAUAUCAUUUCAUUACGUCUCUCCCAAUCAGAUGUACGUACUAGACUAUCUAGUCUACCAUUUGCGGCCGUACGGUAUCGUUGGUCACUCGCAACCCUUGCCAAAAAAACUGACAUUGGCUGACGUAGUUCUAUCGGAUGACCGUAGUAAAACUACCGAACAUCCCUCAACCAGUACUAAGUCAAAAUUAAUCGGAGAGCUUGAUGAACAGCAAAAUCGACUAACGGAUACCAAAGAUAACCAAGAAUCGAAGAAAUCACUGCUAGAGUAGUAGCAUUUUUUCUAGUGAGUUGUAGUAGCGAUCGAAUAGCCAAACUACUACCGUGUGCGUAUCAUCUGUGAUGAUGAUAGAAUUGUGCAUUUGCAGUGAGUGAUACCUUUAGUUCGCGAAACAGAACUUGUAGUCAUAAGGAAAAAUAGAGUUCAUGCGCGCCAUAUUACUAAACUGCUAUUGGAGCAGAUAUACCAAAGUUUCUUUUUUGUCAGUAAAAAUCGCAGAUAGCGAUCCAUUCCUUAUAAAGUCAUGUGUAACGAAUCUCAAAAUAAAGUAGCAUUUCAUUAAGUCUGGAA